GAGUACAACGCCCUGACCGCCGACAAGGUGGGCGAGACCGUUCCCUGCAUCGUUCGCUUCAUGAGCGACCGGAGCUUCACGAUAGAGCUGAAGACGCCGCCCACGGCAGCGCUGCUCAUCAAGGCGGCCAAGGCCGAGAAGGGCUCCGACCAGCCCAACAACAAGUUCGUCGGCACCAUCAGCAUCGACCAGCUGCGGGAGAUCGCCAAGACCAAGCUGCCGGACCUGCAGAUUCCAGACGUCACCCGCGCCAUGAAGAUCUGCCACGGCACUGCCAAGGCGUGCGGUGUGCAGGUGGAGGGAUAUGAGGAGUGGAAGGCGAGCGUUUUCAAGAAGCCGACGAGCAUCCUCGAGCGCUAUGGCGGUCGCGUGGAGCUCUUGCCCAAGGAGGGGAGGGACAUUGCCG